AUGGAGGAUGAGCAACAAUGCGCAGAGAACGAGAAAUCUGGCGCCAAUGCCAUCGUCGUUUGUGGGAGGGAAAUUCCAUCUCUUCGAAAUGGUGCAUCAAAACAACGUAUAACCCAGCAGAUGCGGUUUCCUUUUGCAACUUCCUCUGGUGCAUACCUCCUCAUGGACCGCUCAACUCUCCUAAAUGGGGAGUUCCGGCGCAAAUAG